AUGGACGAAUUAGCGCAAAGAAAGGAGAUAGACCAAAAACAUGUUAGAAUUGAUAAGGUUAAGUGGAUACUGGGUUAUGUCGGGUGCCAGGGGUUUAAGUACUUGGAGUACUUGGCGCUUGGAAUUCUCUUUUGCCUCUGGGAGUACACCCAUGGACACCUAGAUUCUUUGGGCUUAGCUAGUCCUACUAAUAGCACGAACACUACUACAGAUGCAGUAUUUAGCCGUAUGCAGCCUUAUCCACUCGGACAAAGGGGAGGAUUGGCUCUGGACCCUAGUCCGAGUACCUCUCCUAGUCCAUCUACUCCAUCAAUUGUUGCACCGAUGAUUUAUCCCUGGCUGGGAUUAAUAGCUGUUCAGAUAGCAAUUCUACUGGAAAACCUCAUGGGUGAAUUAAUCGUUGUAUUAGGGUUUUGCUGGCUCUACGGCACAACAAUUAUUGAGUACUUAAGUGAAGUCCUGCUUAAAAUGCACCUCUUCAUUUGCUUGGGUAUCUUUGCCCUUAUGGCCUCUUACUUUUUACUUGAUCUAAUCAUUGGUAUCUAUCCUUCUUUAUUACUCCCUAAAACACCCAUUAUUCUGAUGGCCGAUCCGGAAGAAGGUGAACUAACUAUGAUUCCUACGGCAGCUGCUGGUGAUAAGACCAAAACGUUCGGUCGAUGUAUAGGAGCAGCUACACUCUUAACCAGUCGUAUUCUUUUCUCUCUAGUUAUCUUAGGAGUCAAGGUUUUUGCUUUGAUCUUGAUUGUGAUUUCUCUUCUUGGUGGUUUUAACAUCUACAGUGGUCUAAUUGGGUUUUACAUUCUUUCUUUAACUGCUCAGGUCUAUACUUACCUCGAUGCUAAAUUUAACCCCAAUCUCAGUCGAUCCUUUCCCUAUACUCUCUUGUUUCUUCAUUUACUCUUUUACAUUGGUGUCCUCAAUUCUUCCCAUUCCUACCAGCUUCUCCAAUAUUGCUCCGGACAAGCUCCUACUUCCUGGGCCUACACAAUCUGCGAUUACAUGAAUACCUUCAAUGCCUUUAAGCCACUAAAUACCCUAGCUAGCGUCUUUGGCUCCGAGUAA